AUGGAAAUUCUAUACGUCAUUGUUAUGACUGUUCUGAUGGGCUAUGAAGCACAUGUACCAAAUUCAACAAUUCCUAGGAAUGCACCAGUCAAUAAGUGUGGUUUAGAUAAAUCACCGAUUAAAGUUGUUUAUGAGGGGGAAGCGAAAAUAGAAACUUACCCAUGGUUGGGAACACUAUUCUAUGCAACCAGAGAUAGAAAAUAUUCAACAUCUGUGAUUCUGGUCGCACAACAAAUUGUCAUCGGAUCAGCCAUGGACAUUGAUAGAUUACCGAAAAAUGAUUUCAGAUCUCGUACGAGAGUAGUAUUAGGGCAUAAUUGUACCAGGCCUGGUAUAAAAAUAAGGGAUUACAGCUACCAUCCGCACUUCAACAAAGCUUCGUACAGCUCUUUAGCUAUUAUACAGUUAGAAACAAAUUUUAGAUCAAAUGGUAUCGGCGUCCAUGGACCAGGUUGUUCAGCACCCUCUAGAUUUCUAGACUACGCUCACCAUAAAGGCUGGGUGACAAAUAACUUACUCAGAAUUGGAAGACCUACUAUCACGAGGUAUUCUAGGAACGAGAUCAUAUUGAGAAGAACUCUCUCGAACGUUCAAAGAUUCGGACCCUGUGAUCCUGAAGAAACCAAACAGGAACUUUUCACAGACCGCACCAGUGUCCAACAAUAUCCAACAAACAAAUUUCAACGUGCCAGUUACAAUUUCACAGUAUUCGCGAAUAUGGAAUACUCUUGCGUCAUAUUCCGUGUGUUUCAUUUCUAUCAACGAGACGUGAUUAGAGACCUGCCGUACAUUCAUCUUAAUCGAUGGUGUAAAGCAUUGGAACCGAUCUGCUAUUCAUUGCAAUUCCUACAAAUUGACUUCUCAGUUGAGAUAUGGUUCAGGGAAUCUGUGACUUACCAUGUCGCGGCGUACGGCAGAGAAGUUAAGUUGAUUGAUAUGAAGAAGGUCAUUGCUAGGGUCAACCAAAGGAAACCGUUAGUUGAGUACACCAUAAUGGUUGAGGAGAAUUUUAAAACUCUACUUCAUAUAUCAGAAGUUUUAACCGAUGAGAGAAUUAGCAAAGCAUUGUCGGAGAGAUUUAAAGAACCGAUGAAAUUUACACAUUGGGAGUACGUUGGAGCAACUGGUAAAGGCGAUUCAUAUCUCAGUGAAGUGAUACGUAUUAAAAUAUAUGGAGACGCUAAUGGUAUUACAAAGCACGUUCAGGUCAUAUUAAAAUCUAUUCCCAAAAACCUCUGCAGACGACUUACGUAUAGAAGCGAUGAGUUUUUUCAAAAUGAGAUAAAUUUCUACCAACAUGUGCUACCAGGCUUACUUGAAUUUGAAGCCAGCAAAAAUAUUUCUGAACCAUUUGACCACCACACUAAGCUAUUCUUUGCGUAUAGCGACGGCAUUAAUGACGUCAUAUGCCUAGAAGACGUUAGUUUAGAAAAUUUUACAUCCGCGGUUAGACAAGAUGGCAUAGAUUACGAACAUUGCAAAAUGAUUCUUAAAACAUUAGCGAAAUACCAUUCAUUAUCGUUUGCAAUGAGAGAUCAAAGGCCGGAUGAUUUCGAUAGACUAUCUGAUUUUGUUUUCGAAACCUACUACGAUCCUAGAUUAUGGAAUUGGUAUAGAAAAUUCUUUAAACGAAUCUGCGGUAUUGCGAUUGACGCUGUAGAAAAGGAGUACCCAAAUACGAUAUACGUUGAGAAAAUUAAAAAAUUCGCUGUACCAGAAGAAAGGUACAAAGAUAUGGUUAGAGCGACCAGGGAUAAAAAAAACUGUGUUAUAUCCCACGGCGAUUCUUGGACGAAUAACUUUCUAUUCAAAUAUAACAAUAAUGUUCCAAUUGCGACCAAAAUAAUAGAUUUCCAACUCUGCCGAUGCGCCAGCCCGAUUCUGGACGUAUGUUUCGUAUUUUCCGCCUGCACGGAACAGAAAUUACGUACGGAAUAUUACGAUAAACUUAUAGAUUAUUAUUACGAAGUACUGUCAGAAAGGAUUACGGAAUUGGGAAGCGAUCCAAAAAAAAUAUAUUCAUAUGAUACUUAUAUGAUGGAACUAAAGAAAUAUUCUUAUUUCGGUCUCCUCUUCAGUUUUGAAUCUACGCCGAUGAUAAUUCUGUCACCAGACGAUGCUAUCAAUAUGGAAAUGGCGGGCGACCAGAAACGUGAUAUCGACGAUUUCUGGACUCUAACUCCAAUUAAAACGAAGGAGGGUAGAUUGAGAGAAGCUAAUAAUGUAGUGCAUUGUGUUGAUAAAGGAUAUAUAUAA